AUGCUUUCAAGAGUGUCGAUUUACUUGGUAUUUCUAUUGUUUGAGGGGAUCUCCGCAUCUCCAUCUUUGCCUAUCGCACAUGGGAAGCAGGGGUCGUUUCUCCCCAGCACCGAGGCGGCAAUCAAGCAUGGACCCCAGAUCUUCAAUGCGCUGCACGAUGCCAUGCGACAAUUUGGAUCAUCGAUACACCACAAUGGAAUGAGCCUUUUCCAGGCGACCAUGCCGACGGGCACUAUCUUAUAUCACGGCAGCUAUAGCACAGACGUACCUGAGCGUCUAGAAUGGUUGGCUUUUGAGAUUGAACACGCGGAGAAUUUUGCUCGUGGAAGACUGAGACGACGGGAUAAUGCUAGCGACAUAUUCAUGUCUGACAAUGCUAGCCAGAAGCCAUUGGAAUCUCGUCAACCAAAGGUUCACCAUCAAUUAGAUGACUUCAGGACAACAGAAUCCUCACUAGAUGGGUCCAUUACCGUGUCCCGGGAUCGGGGUCGAUGCUUCGACAAAUGGAACCCCGACGAUUGCGAAUUUACAUCCGGUUAUCUCCAUGUGUUCCAAGCCUUGCGUCCGCUGAAUCUGUUAUACAUCGACGGCAUGGCCGCAGCGAAAUCCGGUAUGGGAUCAAAUGAUAUCGAAGACUUUGUAGUCGCCGGAAACAGAACUCGCAGUUUCUUGGAAGACUUUGUUCGCGCGGCUGAACUUUGUGAGUGGGGAGAAGCUUGGCAUAUUGACGGCUUCAUUCGUAUGGAACCUGGCUUCGAAGUCGUAUAUUGCAACUUUCGCGACGGUGCACUUCAGCGGCUCUCGGUUACGCGGCGCCCGCGUCAAAUGUUUUCAAUGUCCGACCUCAUGUACGACAAGUUUGAGUGGAUGCGUGCCGCGUCUCAGAGAUACCACGGCUUCGCCGCCGGGCGCGUGGUUCUUGACUACUCGUCCAUGGUGUCAGCCUAUUUCUACCCACUCAACCUGACCAACCCGAAUGCUACGCGACCCGAGCUCCCGAGAUUGCUAAGCGCGACUGAUGCGGAGCUGGCGGUGAUCAAGGCACAUCUCGAGAGGAAAACGCCCGCGGCGAGGGGUGAAACUUCAAGCCAGGGCGGCACAGAUUGGCAAGGGGUGACGGAUAUGGUUGUUACACGCUAUGCAGACGUACUCCAGCUAGGGUCCAAGUGUGAGACUGUCGAGGCGAUGAAGAGGUUUUUGGAUCAUCUGUUGAUGAUGUACAUUGAUCACGAGCAAGAUAAAGUUGACUUGAGAAAGGCGGAACAGAGUUGUGCGAAACAUUACCUGUUGGGUACUGUAACGACGACACCUGAGGAGGAGCUGAUUUAUGCUGGAAUUCUGGCGACGACUCGACUUAUCUGCGAUACCCUAUUUCGAGCAUAUGAAGUAGUCCAGAACUCCGAACCAGAUGUUGAGUCUCUAACUGAGGCGGUAUCCCUGGUCCAAGGGUUGAUGGAUACGCUCCGCUGGUCAAAAUGGAAGGAAUGUGGGCCAUGCGCAUCUAAUGAAAUAUGUUACGUCGCCAUGUGGCCAUUUGGGAAUACCGAGGAUCAUUUCAGUCCGUCCUGUCUGAAUGCCUCUUCGACGUUUGACAGAGACUCGUACUGGACGUGGGAGUGGCCAUACUGGUGA